AUGUUGUCGGCUCCCGUUAAGUCGGCGAAGCGCAUCUCUUCCCUUUUCUCGCUGGGAUCUAAAGAUCGAGAGUCACAAAAUUCACCUGUUUCAACAGAGUUCCAAGAAACCGCCAACAGACGGAGAAGCAGUUCCCGCCCUACUCGUCAUGUAUCGACCCCAAAUGCGGUGUUCUCAGAACCCCGUACGAUGCCGGAUCCUCUUGACCUAGAAGGCCUUCCGCCGCCGCCUUCCCUCUUGGCGGUAAACCAAGAUCUGGCGAGCAGCGCCCCGAGCUCACCAUCCGAUGCUCGCCCCCGGAGCAGGGGUCGGGAUAUGAGCCGACCCUCUAGUUCGGCGGGACUUGCUAUCCCGGGAUCGAACCCAGACUCCAGACCCAGCACACCCUCGAAGCGUAGGAGUUGGAUGCCGGGUCGGUCGCGCGCCAGCUCGAUUGACAAAAGGCCGCUCGCUCCUUCUUUACCGGCUGCGUGGAUUGCCGGUCUCGACCAGAAGGUCGUGUACGAUCUUUCGCCGUUAUCUCGGGGAGAACAGGGCGAUACCUACGUGUAUCUGUUCCCGCAGAACACCGGCCGAGCCCCGUCAUUCAAGGUCGAUUCCACCAUAUUCGCUGAAUCUCCCUCCCUCACAUACCUCGCCCGCGGAAACGAUGCCAAGAAUGAUCUCGAGCAACCAACACGCACAUUAUCGCUCAACCCGAUGUCGCCUCCGUUGACGCCGCAGGACCGCCUGAACGAUGACGACGAUGAUAGUGCCGGAAGUCAGAGAAUGGCCUUUGGCGACGAUACCCCAGAGGAAGUACAGGAGAUCCAUCUCUACCUGCCUAUCCCCUUGAACUGCGAUGUUUCCAACCCCCAGGCGCGCCUGCAGCAAGACGAUACCGAGACACUUCUCUUGUUCCGCAACUUGUUCGCAUUCCUCCUUGGACAGUCUUUGAUUGCCUCGCCAAAGUCCGCAACACUGUUCUCGAUCUUCAUGGACGUGGCGGUUCUCUUGGCCCGUUUCGAAUUCUCAAACUUGGACGGUUCCAACUUUGGUGAAACCGCUACGUCCAGCUUCAGCAACUACUGCGAGGAACUGCGUUUGGCAGAUGUUCGACGAAGUCGGGAGAAGACUAUCGAGGCCAUCGUUUUGGGUGAGCGUCUACGCUACUACCCGCUCUAUAUUGAAGGCUUCGUGCACGGUGUUGGAAAACUGGACGAGCUCAAGCAGCUUAGAAGCCCGAAGUACACAUUCAUCCAUCCCAUCACACAAAAGCGGAUGGAGCGAGCAUUUCGACUUCCCCUCCUCGUCUUCUCCGGAUCCGCCAACUCGAACACCUCCGAGGAAAGUAAGGUGGUCCGCUUCAAGAACUGGAGAGCCAGCUUCCACGAAUUCCGUCGCUUCACCAUCCAAUACUACAGACAGAAGUAUGGCUCGUGGCCACCCAAGGCCCGCUCGAAGAAGAACGAGUUCGAGGAAAACGGUCUCAACCGUCUCCUCCUGCUCGAUCUGUAUCACGACUUCACCGAUCUAUACGACCUGCUGGUUGACCGCACAGCACUGACAACCCGUUCCAUCGAUGUUUCAGGCACAGGUGAAGCAUCAGCUACUUCCGAACCCAAGGAGAUGGCAGUUCGCGCCCUGCGUCAUAUUCUCAGCGAAUACGACCGCAGUACUCCCCCCGUGCUGCCUCCCAUUCCAUUUGACAUUCCUCAGUUCCCCUCGCUGCAGCCGUUGCAUCGCAAACCCAUGGACGCCAAAAAGGAAGCCAAGCAGAGUACCAAGAAGCUCAAGAACUCCGACGUCAACGCUGUGUUGAUGGGCUCCUACACUCGGGAGAGCAUGCGGCCUACUCCUUUCAUUGAGAGCUUCAUGCAAUUUGAACGUCGCUGUGCCCAGGGAAAGAACAUUAAUGAUAUUACCGAUCUCCGCUGUGGUCAGUGGAUCUUCCUAUACUGUGUCAUCCAGGCUCUGCCUAUGCUCGUCGUGGAUGUCCCCGACGUCCAUUUCAGCGAAGGCGUCGAGUACUUCCUCUGCAUUGCCCCUCGCGGUGGUGCUCCUUGGAUCCACAACGACACCAAGACUGCUCGCAGCUGGUUUGGAGUUGCUGGCGGUGCUGGUGUUGUCAGUCUACCGACUGAUGUGGUUAUCAACGGUGUUGAAGGUGUCUACCGCCGUAGUCACUGUUGGCAAGUCGCCCAACAAUGGGCUGAGAUUGGCGCUCUGAUUGAUCCUCCCAUGAUGGAAGAUGCUACCUACGAGGACGCCGAGUCUUCCAUCUCGUCCCCGUACCAGGCUCAACACUCCUCCGCCGGAUCAUCCUCUGAGCCAAACCCCUUGAUGGUCCCCGGAGGCGGCCUCACCCCGCCUCCCCCUGCCAUCCCGCGCCAGCGUUCUCCUGGUGCUGGCGCCCGGUCGGAGCAUCGCCACUCAAUCUACCCCGGACUGGAAGCCCUGCCUCUUCCCGCAGGCAUUGCCCCCAUCGAACCACCCGCGCGCCCUAUGAGUCGAUUCAACCCGAACAUGAGCUUCGAUGAUAUCCUGAAGGAAGUGCCCAAGAAGGGAAAAAAAUAA